UGCGGCACUAUACAACAAUACACCUCUGUAAUCUGUGGUUAAAUUCCGGUUGGAUAUUAAUCUUGAUCAUGAAUUUAUAUAUUAAUAUUAUAUUAUAACAUAACUUUUCUAUCAAUGUACUAUAAAAAUAAACAAAUAUUGUUAGUAUAUAUCGAUUGGAUUUGAAGUGUUCUUCGUGAUGUGUGUGUAAUUAAAUUAAAUAAGAAAAAAACAAUGGAUUUGUUGAAAACACCGUCAAUUCAAUCAUUGCUAGAUUCCGAUUUAGAAUCAGUCGAAAGUCUGCACUAUAUCGAUUUUGAAGAGCUUGAUGAAGUUGAAUAUGCUUUGCCUGCAAGUGAAGCUCCUACUUUAGCAGAAGCUCUGUCUGCGGAAGAUGGUGGAUUUGAUGAUAACAAUGACAAAGACAAUGACAAAAAUUUCAAAGAACCAAUGACCUGCUCGGCGCUUCAACUGGAAUUUCUGCAAGCUAUAUCUCAACAGUUAACUCAGGCUCAGGAAAGGUCAUUAGCUGGAGCAGCGACAGCCCUCAGUGUCGGAUUUACUGGGAAGACCACUGUAGGAACAGCUCAUGGCCACAUACUGUCAUUUCAAGAUCAAACCUUAAGAUGGGUUUGUGAUGCCAAUGAAAAUUGUGGCGCUGUGACAUGCUUAGCUUAUAAUAAUGACAGCACGCGCCUUUUGGCAGGAUACGCACGAGGACUUGUCUUUCAAUAUGAAAAUAAAAAAAUCUGCUACAACUUUGUGUAG